AUGGCUUCUAUCCACAAUUCUGACCACGUGAUGGAGGAAGGGCAGAUUCCUGUCGGGGAUGCUACUCUUAACGAACUCGACGACGAUUAUCUCGUUGACGAUCUUCCGGAUGGCGCUUUGCCGGAACUCCCCGAUGAUGCCCAGGCCUCUUUCCCCGUUGGCGCUCAGCCGGCCCCGUCCGGCGAACCCGCCGCCAAGAAACUAUGCAGUGAAGGGCAACCCUCGGCCGUUGCUACGGCCUCUGUCUCCUCUGGUGCGCCUUCGGCGUCAAUGCCGGUUCCUCGUGCAAGCUCCUCCGGCAGCUCGGCUGCUACGGCUCCUGUGUCUGCUCGCGUGCCUGACCCCUCUGGGCAGCGUGGUGUGGCCGCUCCUCGCACUCGACUCCCGCUGCCAGAACCGGUGGUGGUGCAAACCACGGCGGGGCUCUCUUCGGGCCUGGCACCCACUGUGCGCCACCGCAACCUCCGUCGUCACCGCACAACGGUGGGGGCUGUCCUGCAGUCGCUGACUCGCAACACGCAGUCCCUCGUGGACGUCAUCUUUCCGGAAGUCUCGGGUGAGGAAGUACGGGCAGCCGUUCUUGCCCGUAUCUCGGCCCUUCUCAACGGCCAGAUCUUCAACGGUGCGGUACCCUCUUUUGAGUCGGCUUCUGGUGAGCCGUUGCGUUUGCCUCGCCACACCUAUUCCAGGCACUCCUACUCCUGGCCUACCGCAAAUGAUGCUCGGAUCUUCCGAGGGCUGUUUCCGCUCACUGUGCGCCUUGCUAAUAACCGUUCUAUGGAAGUCAAAACCUUCACUGAUCCCAAUCAGGACUUCACGACUGCGCGCACCCGCGGUGACGCCCACCUGGUCCUCCGCAACAUUCCCCUGGGCUUCUCGCCUGAAAGCAUUCGCGCCACGCUUCUGGCGGGCAGGACUGAGAACGGCCUCCCCUGGCUAUCGGAUCUCUGCGCGUUCCAUCGUCUGAAAGAUCCGUAUGACGGGUCUGUCUACGCACAGAUGCGUGGCCUCCCUGUGGCAGCUGACGGCGACCCUGGCUUUGACCGCAUACUCGCCGUGCUCUGGAUCCCCGAGCAGGAGGAACCUGUGCUAAUGAACAUCUCGAGCCACUCCUGCACCGUCUGCGCAAGCAACCACCGGGUGGCGGAUCAUGCUUGCUUCGCACUCACGCGACGUGCUCGCCUCCCUAACAGGCACACCAUCUCGGUGGCCCAGCUUCAGUCUGUGAACGGACGCCUGAUCGGUCAGCAAGCUGCACCCGCGGCCUUCAAGAAGGACCCCGGUCUGCUGCUCAUUGGAGUGGACCUGGAUGUGGAAGUCUGGUCCUGCUCGCUGUGCGACUUCGAGUGUGGUUUGGCGCUCGACAGCGCGAUGUACCAUAUCAACUCGGAUAUUCACCGCAACCGCAUGCAGGAGUCUGCGCACCUGCCGGCCGUGAAAGACAAAUAUGGUGCCUGGAAGGCAGCCACUCUACUGCAGCACCCCCGCAUCUCUGCGUUUCUGCUGUAA